AUGGCUCGUAGCAAACUAUAUCACGCCAAGAAACAGAAGAAAGACGACCAAGCCGAUCUAGAUAACUCUAAUUGGUUUUAUAAUUGGCUAAUGGGUAUCAAAAUGGAGCUUGCCCACUUUGGAGUCUACAUAGACUAUAUCCGAACUGCAAAGAAACCUGUGGCGUCGACGCACUUGCUGAUGUACGCUGCCGACGCAUCAUGA